GUUUCGGCGAAUGUUUUGAUGCCCCAGUCACCACUGGCUGAAGCAGGUUCCAGUUCACCGUCGGCUCCAACAUCACCAACACCUCGUAGUACGGACACCGAAAUGAAAGAAGGCGACACUACGGCUAACUUCUCGCGCAGCCAUGAAAUUGUGGAACUGAUGAAAAAUAUUGAAGCAUUCACGGGCAUUCCGAAAAACCCCGAGAAAGGUGUUGAUUUUACUUUACGCCUCUGA